GAAGGAUAUUCUCUACACCAGCUAUCUCUCCAACAACAUCCAAAACAUUAUCUACACUUCACCAAUUUUAUCCAAAGUCCUUUUCACUACCGUCAAAAUGGUCCGCAUCUCCUCCAUCGUCAUGUUCUUCCUUGCCAGCGCUUUAUCAGUGCAAGCAUGCACCUAUUGCCAGUGCGAAUUCUCAAACGGUGAUCACUGCUGUGUCUAUUCGGAUGCUGAAAUUGGCAACCUCGAUUGCCCAACCUAUUGCGCUAAUGCUCAUCGCGCAGAUGGUGCAGCUGGUGGUGGAACUGCAUGCGCAGCUGGAGGAAAAUACAAGUGCGCGAGUGCUUUCACAGCUCUUGAUCGUACCCCAUGUUACAAGCAGUAAGAAUCUCCGAUGGGAUGGAGAGUUCUGAUGGAUGGUUGGAGGAAGGGUUUCAUGGGAAUCGCAUUAUUGUGUCUCAAGACUCCCUCAUUUUGUAGUUAUAGCAAAGUCAGAUGGUCGGGAGUGUGGUCAGAAGUAGAGGAAUAUCA